AUGGAUCUGCGCCAGAGCCUACGGCUCCGCGAUGACACGUCCGGGACCGAUAAGUUCCUCUCGCUGAUUUCGGAUCCCUUUCACGCCGAGUUCCAAGUUAGCGCUGUUUGGGCCUCGCUGGGCACCUCCAUCGGCAUCUCCCUCAUCCUCGCCGUCCUCUUCUCCCUCUUCCGACCCCGUCACUCGCUCGUCUAUGCGCCGAAGGUGAAGCAUGCGGAUCAUAAACAUGCUCCGCCCCCGGUGGGCAAGGGCUUCUUCUCUUGGAUUAAGCCUGUCAUCAACACUCGUGAGCCACAGCUCAUCGAGACCGUCGGGCUGGACGCCGCGAUCUUCCUACGCUUCACCAAAAUGUGUCGCAACAUUUUCAUCCUGUUUAGCAUCAUCGGAUGUCUGAUCAUGAUUCCGGUCAAUAUUACGCAGAGCAAUACUGCUUACUCGAGCGCACUGACGACGUUCAGCAAGAUGACUCCGCUCUCCGUAUUCAACCAGACCGCCAUUUGGAGUCAGGUCGUGUGCGCCUGGUGCUUUGAUAUCAUCCUCGCUUUCUUUUUGUGGAGAAACUACAAGGCGGUUCGGAAUCUGCGACGGCAGUACUUCCAGAGCUCUGAAUACCAGCGGAGUCUACACGCACGAACCUUGAUGGUAACCGAUAUUCCUCCGUCCGACCGCUCCGACGAAGGCAUUCUGCGGAUCACGGAUGAGGUCAAUCCUACCGCAGCCCUCCCUCGGGCCGCUAUUGGCCGCAAUGUACGUGACUUGCCCAUCAUCAUCAAGGAGCACGAGGAGAAUGUCCGGCAGUUGGAGUCUGUCCUCGCCAAGUAUCUCAAACGCCCCGAUCAUUUGCCUUCGAAACGGCCCACCAUGCGCCCGCCUCGAAGCCAGCGAAGCAAGCACCCCAACGGCAGAGUGGACGCGAUCGACUACCUGACGGUGCGCAUCCGCGUGCUGGAGGAAGAAAUCAAGCACGGACGGGCGUCAAUUGAUCGCCGCAAUGCGAUGCCGUAUGGAUUUGCUAGCUGGGAAAAUAUUGAGCAUGCGCAUGCUGUGGCAUGGUCUGUUCGCAAGAAGCACCCGAAGGGCACCACUGUCGUGCUUGCACCUCGGCCGAGUGAUCUCAUUUGGGAGAACCUGCCUCUGUCUAAGCAGGCGCGCAAGUGGAAGCGGUUUCUCAACAUCAUCUGGGUCACCGCUCUGACUCUUGUCUGGAUUGUUCCUAACGCUCUUAUCGCGGUCUUCUUGUCCAACUUAAGUAACCUGGGCCUGGUUUGGCGGAAGUUUCAGACCUCACUCUCGGCUAACCCCAAUGUCUGGGCCGCUGUCCAGGGUAUCGCUUCUCCGGCAAUCACCUCGCUCGUCUAUCUGGUGCUGCCAAUUAUCUUCCGACGCCUCGCGAUCCAGAGUGGUAGCAAGACGAAGACUUCCCGGGAGCGACAUGUCCUGGGUCAAUUGUAUGCGUUCUUCAUAUUCAACAAUCUGAUCGUCUUCUCGCUUUUCUCGGCUGCAUGGACCUUCGUCUCUGCCGUGAUUGACAAGAGCAAGGAAGACGAGGACGCCUGGCAGGCUAUUGUCGACAGCCAGCUAUAUGACAAGCUGAUGAGUGCUUUGUGCAAUGUUUCACCGUUCUGGGUCACUUAUCUCCUGCAGCGCAACUUGGGCGCGACGAUCGACCUUGUGCAGAUGAUCAGUUUGGCGUGGGUCUGGUUCGCCAAGACUUUUCUAUCACCUACACCUCGUCAGUCGAUCGAGUGGACUGCGCCGCCAUCUUUCGACUACGCCAGCUACUACAACUACUUCCUCUUCUACGCGACUGUUGCAUUUUGCUUCGCCACCCUUCAGCCUAUUGUGCUACCGGUAACUGCGUUGUACUUCGGCGUCGAUGCUAUGCUGAAGAAAUACUUGCUCAUGUACGUGUUUGUGACCAAGAACGAGUCUGCCGGUGCUUUCUGGCGUGUUCUAUUCAACCGUCUUGUUUUCGCCAGCAUUCUUGCCAAUGUCAUAGUUGCGCUUGUCGCCAAGGUCCGGGGUACCUGGACCAUGGUAUUCUGCAUUAUGCCACUGCCGUUCUUGAUGUUGGGCUUCAAGUUCUACUGCAUGAGGACGUUCGACUCCGACAUCGAGUACUACAACCGCGACAACCUCACCGAUGCUGAGGCUAUCGGUGCAUCCAAAACUGGCAGGAAGGCUGGAGACCGCCUCAACUCCAAGUUCGGCCACCCAGCCCUCUACAAGCCGCUCACGACCCCCAUGGUCCACGCCAAGGCCGCCGAAGCCCUCAGGAAGAUCUACCAGGGCCGUCUCGACCACGGUGAUAUGGAGAAUGAAUACUCCGACAUUGCCCUGAAUCCCAUGCUGGCCUCCCAACCGGGCAAGGCCGAGCCCGCUCCUUUCGAGGUUGUCCCGGAGAACCACUUGGAUUUCUCGUACUUCAAGGACCGUGCCGACUUCCGCGACGAGUUCGGCGGCGGCAUCUAUGGCAGGCCAGAGGACCUGAUGACCGAACGCUCUCAGACACCACGCAGUCACCUCGGUGGCGAAUGGUCUCCCAGCUCCUCCCGCGCCUCCUCGCCCGCACCCUCUCUCCCGGCUAUGUCGGGACUGAAGAUGCACGAGGGUUACCAGGAUCCCGAGCAAGGGCACAUUCACCCAGCCUUCCGUGUCCCACUUUCACGGGGCGACAGCGGCAAUGGUGUCUACCCGCCCGACGAAAUCGAAACUCGCCUCCUCAGCCACGCACAAGCACCCGCUCAAACAGGUAUGAACCCACUCGACCGCUGGCGAACCGGUGGCUACGGACCUGUCCACCAGGACGAAGAUCCUCACCAGACCUCGUACGAAGCAUACCGUGGGUCGCGGUAG